GUUGCGGUGAUGCCCCAUGAAGCUACCAGUCUUUGAGAGUUAUCAUCUCCACUCUGAUGUUUUCCUGAUCGCCCUGCCUUGAACUACUCUAAAACUGCGACAAUUCCUCUGGUGUUUUGCGCCUGGCUUUGCAUACUUUAUUCCCCCCCGCUGUUGUUGCUUUUGUACCUUGCUCUCUCUGCUUUGCUUCUGGUCGUCGACCUCUUUGUCCUUUGUCUUUCUCCUCCUUGUUUACACCCCAGCAAGCGCAUAUCAAUUGUCUUUUUCUUUUUCUUUGAUCAUCUGGUUUUUAUCUAUUAUUCGACUCGGACUGGUUCGUCCUGAGUAAUUGUUUCCCUAUUUCACGACUUGUUAUGCAUUUACGACCCUAAUCGCUUUACUGUUGACGAUCAUUCCUCCGCGCAUUCCAAAUAUCUCUGAUUGAGUCUUGUUUAAGACAUCAUCAACCGACCCAGUCAAUUCAACACACAGAAGAAUCCAUCAUGCCGUCUCACACGCGAGAUGCCUCCCGUGACCGGGAACUUGUCCUCAGACACCAAUCGGUGCCCAUGUGGGACAGCUCGGACCCCGAACGGGCACCACCGCCGCUUCCUAUGAAUCCAAGCUCUACUAGUCCUGCUACCAAAGGGAACGUCUCUCCCAAUAUCCAAGCGGUAGCCGCGAAUUUCGCAGAGAAGCCUCGCGAUAAUGGAGCCAGCCCAUAUACGAUAAACCCUAUGCCACCUAAGUCGCCCGAGAAAUCUCUCAUCAAGGGCCAAUUCCACAAGCGCAUGCAGUCGCUGCAAAAUGCGGACACUCGCUCCGACUUCUUUAACUACUUGGAGAAUAGAUCACCUGAACGUCCUUUGCGGGCGUCCAUUUUGGACUCUCCGACCAAACUGCCAGAGAAGAGUCCGACCAAGGUGGAGAUUAAUGCGCCUGCGGAGAACCGAGAUGGAGAGAAGGAUAUGACUAACUUGUUGAUCUCGAAUCGCUAUCUCUCGAAACCGAUACUGGGUGAAAGCACUCCUCCCUCAGCCACAAUGUUGGCCCUUCAGAACAUGCAGCUACCUACCGAAAACGAUACCCAACCCCAACCCCAACCCCAACCCCGAAGCAACUCUGAUCCCUUCCUGGGCCCUAGUCUGCCAAACGGCUCUGGAAUCGAAUCCCUUUCUGGUCAGAUUCACAGUCUAACAGAUAUUGCUAGCAAUCUGCAGCGCGAGAUGGCCAACCUGAGCCGACGGAGCAAAGACAAUGCCACAGACCUUGUCAGUCUGAAAGCUGCGACAAACGCCCGAGACGAGGACAUUAGAAAGAGCCUUCGCGACCUUUCUUCAAAUUUAGCAUCCAGGUUUCUGGAAAAUGAUGGAGCCGCCAGGUGGGAUUUCGGUGCUUUUAUGGGAUCCGAGAAUGGUAUUAACCCUAGGGAACCGGAUAGUUCUCCGAAUUCGAAAAAGAGCUACUCAGCGCCUCGAAUGUCCAGUCCUAAUCCAUUUGCCUCCAUUGAGCGAGAGAUCUGUGGGUCUCCUACACCUAUCUCUGAUGGUUCUGCCAGUAUCGCUCUGCUGGAGAAGGUGCUCCGGGAAAUGGCUACGAAGGAAGGACAGGAAAAGAUUAACGAACUCGUUGAAGAGAUCAAAUCGAGGCCAACAUUCGAUACCACUGAUACGAACACCGAUGCCACGACCACGAAGAUGUUAGAGGAGAUUCUCAACAUUGUUAGGGCCGAUUCCGACAGCAAGGCAUUGAUCCGUUCAGGAGUCCCGCCUCUGAACUUCGAUAAACCUCGCUCAAAAUCUUUCGACCCAGAGCAAGCUUUCGCGCCGGAUAUGGAACUAUUCGACGGGGAUAAUGCGGUGGCAGAUCGUCCCUCAGUUGAAAUGGACCGUGCUGCCACCGAGGAGAUGCUGGCCAUCAUGCGAAGAGUAAAGAGCAGUGUCAUCGAAGGAGGUGGAAUGACAAACGAGGUUAAAGCUUUGGUUCGAGAGUUGCGAGGAGAGGUCCUGGGUAUGGGAAGAGACCUCGCGCGAAAGCUUGAGGAGGUAGAAACUACUCGAUCUGCCGAGGACCCUCAGCCACCAGCUCCUAGUCAGCAUGAAAUUUCCGCCAUUGUUAAUGAGAGCCUCCAUGAUCUGAGAGAGCAACUUUCAUGCAUCGUCAAUGAAAAUCGCCACCACUCCUCUGCGUUAUCCGAAUUCCGAGCCGCGGUGGAUGGUGAUCAAAUCUACUCGAUUGUCAGGAGUGCGCUCGAGGAGCUCGAGCUACCACAGCCGCAACUUGAGCCCCAGGGAGCUGCCAUGCAGAAGGAGGAAAUCCUUGAAACUGUUCGACAAGCUUGGGAGACCUAUAAGCCUGAAAUUGAGCUACAGAAUUUUGGACUCGAACGGGACGAAAUUCUUGAGUGCCUCAGCGAAGGCCUAAAGGCCUACCAGCCACAGCAUGAGGAGGCUGUCACGUACGACCAGGUUUUGGCCGCUGUAGAAGCUGGCAUGCAGAGCUUUGGGCAACCCCCGAGUAUCACGAGAGAGGAAAUAAUCCAGACUAUUCGAGAAUCCAUUGAGAAUACUCAGCAGUCUGGUCCGCGCGCUCUAGAAGACGAUCACCUGCGUGCGAUUCGGGAAGAAGUGCUGCAGGCAGUGACUGAAUCCGUCGCAUCGCAAAACGCACUUACUAGGGAAACACUAAAUUCCGGGUUGGGUCGCGACGAGAUCCUGAGAGCCAUGGCGGAUGGACUUGAGACUCACUUUUCCUCGUCUAGGAGCAUCGAGCAGCCGCAUGUUACUAAAGAGGAUGUCACCAACGCAAUCAACGAUGCCUUUGCCUCUCAGAAUUCUGCCCUCACCCCGAGUGUUCCUCCACCUGUUUCCCGAGAAGAAGUUCUCAACGCCAUCGCAGAGGGCAUGGAAAACCAGAGCGGAAUGACGAGGGAAAUUGAACUCAACAAGGACGACCUCAUGGAUGCCAUUUCGUCUGGACUUCACGAAGCCGCCCAUUCCGCCAACUUCAAUGUUGGGGAGCAAGUCCUUGAACGUCUCGAAGGCAUGUUUGAGAAUAUCAAGGCCGACUUCAACCAUUGCUCUGCAGAAAAUGGAAGGGACGCCGAACAAAUACUUCAUACAGUGAAGGAUGGGUUCGACGUCGUCCGAAAAGAGGUCGAGGGCUACGCCGUAACCGCCACCGAAGCUUCUGGGAAGCAUGAAAUCAUGGACACUGUCAAGGAAGGAUUCAGACUUCUGCAGGCUGAUAUGGAAAAGACAAUAACAGACACUGCCAUGGCCAAUGCGCGUCCUGGUAAUCCGGAUACGCCUGAGCUUCUGGACGCCAUGGAAAAAGAAUUCGAACACCUCCGCCAGACAAUCAGCUCCCUGCUCAUUCGCAGCAACGUUUCCAGUGAGAAGGAUGAGAUUCUCGAUGCCAUUCGUGAUAUCGCCGACAAUCAACAAUCCACAGCCGACAAGGGAGAAGUUGCCAAACACAUUAAACAAGAGUUUGAAACCCUUCGUGAGACAAUCAACAUGAGUCUUGUUCGUGCUGAGCCUUCCAGCGACAAGGAUGAGAUCCUUGCCGUUAUUCGAGAAAACCUCGAGGCCUUCCGACAAGAGAGUGCUCAUGCUGAGCCUUCCAGCCACAAGGAUGAGAUUAUUGCUGUUCUUCAGGAAAAACUCGAGGGCUUCCGACAGGAGAAUGCUCGUGCUCUGCCUUCUUCUACUAAUGACAAAGACGAGAUAAUUGCUGCUCUUCGAGAAAGCCUUGAAUCCUUCCGACAGGAUACUGUUCGCGCCGAGCCUUCUAGUGAUAAGGACGAGAUCAUCGCUGCCCUCCGGGAAAGCAUCGACGCAUUGAGACAGGAUAGUGCUCGUACCGAGCCUUCUAGCGACAAGGAUGAGAUAAUUACUGCUCUUCGAGAAAGCCUUGAAUCCUUCCGACAGGAGGGUGUCCAUGUGGAGCCUUCCAGUGACAAGGACGAAAUCAUCGCCGCCCUCCGGGAAAGUAUCGACGCAUUACGACAGGAUAAUGCUACUCGUACCGAGCCUUCAAGCGACAAAGAUGAAAUCAUUGCCGCCCUCCAAGAAAGCCUCGAGGCCUUCCGAGAGGAUAGUGCUCAGACCAAGGACGCGACUGAUAGUAUCUUGACUCCCACCGAUGAGCUUAUUGAUGCUUUCCAGGAUGGUGUCGGUACGAUAAGGGGUGACCUGGCAAAGCUUCUGGAAAGGCCGGUUGAGUUUGAUACCAGCGAGCUUCUAGACACGCUCAAAGAAGGGCUUAACAGCCUGAAAAUCGACGUGGAAAUGCUUCGAAAAGCUCAGAGAGACGCCGAAGAGAUUGAAACCACUCGAGGUGGCGAGCUCAUGCUUGCUAACCAAGCGAAUACUCACCAACCGAAUAUUGGUCAUGACCUCGAGGGCCUUAAGGUUCUCAUUUCCCAACUUCAAGUGAAGGUUGAAGCCAUCGAAGCCGCUCCACGGACCCCUCAACCCUCCGAGGAUUCUCUCAAGAAGGAGCAUUUGGAUGAGGUCUUGGUGGGCCUACAUGAGCUCCAGAGCUCUGUCACUGGUAUAGUUGCUCGCCAAAGUCCUACGGAUGAAACAGCAGCUCGGAAGGAGGAUACUGAUGCUAUCGAGACUUUGCUGCGUAACACAAAAGCACAACUCGACGAGCUGGUCUUCCCUCCAACAGAUGAGCUAGCUAAAGCGGAGCAACUUGGUUCCCUCGAAUCUGUCAUCAAAGAGACCAAAGAUGCCAUCACUGAACUAUCGACUCGGCUUGAGGCAGAAGGCCCGACAAAGUCUGAGAUCGGCACCCUGGAGUCCCUCAUGAAGGAUAUCUGGCUUGCCCUUGACGACGUGAAGGGCAAGGAGCCCCAGGGUGAAGGAGAAGACACGGACAAGUUAGCCAAGUCGGACUUGCAAACGGUAGAGGCAAUGAUAUUUGAGGUCAAAACCCAGAUUGAUGAACUCAAACUCCCAGAUGCUGAGACAUUGCCAACCAAAACCGAGAUCCAAGAUCUUUCCGCUCUCGUGACUGAAUUCAGACAAAAGACAGAAGCCGAAAAUGAGCUGACGGCCCAGGGGUUCGAUGCCCGGAAGGUCGAGCAUGCGGGCCUUGCCGAAAAGAUCGAGGAGGCUAAGGCUGUUGUUGAAGGACUCGGUGAAGAAGUGAAAAGCAAGCUGGAUGGGUCUAGUGAGGGACUUUCUCAACUCAAGGAACUUCUCGAAGGUUUAACAGCCUCUGCGGAAACUUUCACGACGGUUGAGAACAUCAAGGAAUUGACUGACCUUAUCAACCGAGAAUUCGAGCGCGCACGUGGCGAGCAGGAUGCUGGAAAGCUGGAGAAGGAGGAGCGUGAUGCUGCUGCCAGCGUCAAACACGAUGAAACUCGGGCUGCCAUAAUCGUCGAACUUGGAGCGAAGAUCGAUGAGAAGCUUGGUGAAGUGAUGACCAAGUAUGAUGAGGCGCAGACGGCGAUGGAGUCUAAAUUCUCGGAAACAGAGGAACGAGACAACACUAACCUCGAAGCCGUUACGAACACUAAAGCCCUUGCGGAAGACAUCAAGCUGGUGAUUGGUGCCAUGGGUAACAGCGUCAACGAAACGUGUGAGCGUAUCAGUGUGGACACGAAAGCCUUCUUUGAGAAAGUCGACGUAUCUUACAACAAAAUGGAGGAAAUGCAGAAUGAAGUCAAGACCCAUCAGGAGCAAGCCAAUGCUGCCGCAGAUCGUUUGGAAAGUCAGCUGCAUGAAUUUCAUCCUCAGGUUCUUGAAUCUAUCCAAGAAAUUCUCUCCAUUGUUGGUCAGCACUACGACCACUCUCAGAAGUCAACCCAGGAUCUCAAGACGGACUUGUCCGCUCUCCCCUCCACAAUCCCGUCUAUGCUACCUGCCCUCCCAGCUCCUGAACCUGAGAAGUAUGAUGACACCCAGGUCCAUGAGAAACUCGACAAUCUCCUGAGUCAUGCCAAGGGCAGUCAAGUCCAAGAGGCUCUGGAUAUCCUGGUUGAGCGAGUCACAAACGACCAGGUUCAUGAUAAGCUUGAACAACUUCUCAACCAAACUACGAGCACUAAUGGCCAGGUUUACGAGAAGCUAAACGAGCUGCUUGGCCAUGCUGAGACAACCAAUGGACCGAUUCACGACAAGCUCGAUACCCUCAUUGAGCACGCAACGGAUAGCCACGCCACGAAUAGCGACCAGUCGGUAACUCAGAUGAUGAAACUGGAUGAGAUGCACAAGGACAUCAUGGAGACAUCCCGCAGAAUGAAUGAGAUGUUUGCCACCCAAUCAGCACUUGUGGCUGAGGACACCGAGAGGAAACGUCGUGAAGCUGAAGAAGCCGCAAUCGCGCUGGAGAGACGCAAUGCUCAGAAGGAGCAGGUGGAGUCGGAGAUUGUGGAUCUCAGAGAGGAGAAGGACUCGCUCCUGAAAAUGAUCAGCACCUUGAAAUCGGAGAAGGAGGACCUCGUUAAGCAGAACACCAAGCUUGGCAAGGAAGUGUCUGGCCUCGAGAUGGCUCUUGACCUCCGCCACGAAGAGAUGCAAGUGAUGGAGGAGCGUGCAGACAGCCUCGAGAAACGCAUCUUGGAAGGUGUUCUAGACCACGCUCGCAGCGUCCUUCUCAGCCGACCCAACAGCAUGCAAGGCCUCAAUAUGAAGAAAACCCGGAGCUCUCGAGCUCGCAGACCCAGUGCUGCCAGCAAUGCUAGCACCGUCAGAGACGCACGCAGCAUUUUAGGCAGCGGUGUUGGAUUGGCAUUGAAGAAACGCGGUGCAGCUGCAUCGCAAUCUGGGUCUGGAGGUCAGCAGCCAAACGGGGGCAAGGAGAGGAGAAUCCUCAGCUUGAGCAAUGUUACGGCCAACCGAGGUACUGCAGACCGACAGGUGAGCGCUAGUAGCGGUUUCACCAACCUCAAGCGGAGUCAUUCGGUCAAAUCCAACCUCUCCCAGCGCAAAGCUUCAUGGGGCGGUAGGAGUUCCGCGGCGAACAAGGAGAAUGACAUUUUCCCCGAAGAGGACGAGAACCAGAGCGGCGGAGAGAGUGACACAGGGAUGGAGAGGAGGACUAGCUACGGAGGCAACUACGCAGCUGAUCGACGAGUGAGUGCGGCUAGCUCUAUCGGCCCGGGUCGCUCUGUUAAGAGGAGGAUGAUCACUUGGGAGAUUUGGAUGGAGCAAACGCUGAUGAAACCGAAUCAACGAAAAUGGUGCUCUAUGGACAGCACAGUGACAGUGGACUUGGUACAGAAGUCACGAGCACUGUCUGAUGACCCUUUGCCAGCCUUUUGGUCAUGACCUUUUUUGUUUUUGAUUUUUGACGAAGUAUGCCGUCUGAUGUUCCUUCUCUUGUGAUAUACCACCGACGUUUUGGUCGACAUGAUAGCCUUGUUUUUUUUCCUUCUUUUCUUUUUGUCCGAUAAGGGCUCGAUGUCUAUGUAUGCUGUAACACGAGGCGACCUUAGUUUUAUUUACUUUUGUUACAUUCCCUUUGUCUAUUUCCUUUGUCUUUUGGUGACUGUAUGCGUUCCAGCUUCUAUUAUCCUCCA